ACCAUUUCACCCGAAAGAGAAGAAAGGCAGCAGCACAGAUAUCGUUAUCGUCCAAUUUUAAACCAAAAGAGGGGAAAAUCAAAGAGGAGAAAAACCCUAACAAAUCCCGCAUUUCAAAAUCCACCACCACCGGCGAAUUCCCUCUUCUCCCCCUCAGAGAUUUCCCCCCCUGAAAUCCAUCCAACCGAUUCAAACGGCAACAGUUCAAUUCGUCGCUCGGAUUCGAUGGCGAAGCCCGACACGAGCCCCGUGCUGUCGCCGACGUCGUCGCGGUCGGUGACGCAGACGGUGAACGGCUCACACCGGUUCGUGAUCCAAGGCUACUCGCUGGCGAAAGGGAUGGGCGUCGGGAAGCACAUUGCCAGCGACAAUUUCACAGUCGGAGGGUACCAGUGGGCCAUCUAUUUCUACCCCGACGGCAAGAAUCCGGAGGACAAUUCCGCUUACGUCUCGGUGUUCAUCGCCCUGGCCAGUGAGGGAACCGACGUGAGGGCUCUGUUCGAGUUGACGCUGGUUGACCAGAGCGAGAAAGGGAAGCACAAGGUUCACAGCCAUUUCGAUCGGUCCCUCGAGAGCGGCCCGUACACGCUCAAGUAUCGCGGCAGCAUGUGGGGAUACAAGAGAUUUUUCAGACGCGCUAUGCUUGAGACAUCUGACUAUUUGAAGAAUGAUUGCUUAAAAAUCAAUUGUACUGUCGGAGUGGUGGUAUCUGCUGUAGAUUGCUCCCGAUUACACUCUAUCCAGGUUCCAGAGUCUGAUAUAGGAGCACAUUUUGGCACGCUUCUUGAGACAAUGGAAGGUUCAGAUGUUACUUUUAAUGUGGCAGGGGAAAAGUUCGAAGCUCACAAGUUAGUAUUGGCCGCUAGAUCUCCUCUCUUCCGUUCCAAAUUCUUUGACUGUGCGGAAGAUAGUGAAGAGAUAGUAAUUACUGAUCUAGAGCCUGAUGUGUUCAAGGCCAUCCUGCACUUCAUUUACCGUGACACACUUACUGAAGAUGUGGGUAAUACUGCAUCAAGCUCGUCUAGUCUAUCUUCUAUAUCAGAAUCUUUGACAGCAAAGUUAUUAGCAGCAGCAGAUAGGUAUGGUCUGGAUCGACUAAGAUUGAUGUGCGAGUCUCAUCUCUGCAAGGAUAUAUCAGUCGCCUCGGUUGCUAGGAUUCUAGCCUUGGCAGACAGCCACCAUGCUACAGAGUUAAAGGCUGUUUGCUUAAAAUUUGCUGCUGAAAACCUUGCAGACUGAAGUUAUAGAGACAGCACGCGAGAGCUCAUCACUUCAUCUCAUUGACUUGGCGAUUUCUAUUAUGCCAUCUCAUUCUCUUGUGUGCGUCUCUUCCAUUCUCCAGCUGUGAUGCGUUCUGAUGGGUUUGAAUACCUCAAAGAGAACUGCCCGACGUUGCAGUCAGAGCUUCUGAAGACAGUGGCGGGAUGCGAGGAGGAUUGCAGCAGCGGAGGUGGAAAGUCACGUAGUGUCUGGGGCCAACUUUCAGACGGUGGCGAGACCACCACCAACGAAAGGAGGGUUAGACAAAGAACCUAGCUAGUCCGCUGCUAAUGUGUUGCUUUUCUUUCUUUCGUUCUUUCUUCUUUCUUCAUUUCAUUUCUUCUUUUUCUGUGCUGUAAAUGAGCAUUGUUAUAGAAAUGGCGGAAGCACCAAGGGGGGAGAGAGAGAGAUGUUGUAAUGUGGGGAGGACAGGGGUGGUAAGGUCGAUCAUGGUUUGUUUCUCUAGUUAGCAAAAGAUAAUCUCUGCUGAAAGGACAGAUCCUGCAUGCGUAUGAGAGCUCAAUUGUGGAUAAAUGCUGGAAACUUGAGUAGCCUCUGGCUUGGUUGUAUCAGCAGGUGAUGGUGUUGGGGUUGUACCUAAUUGUUUCGCAAGUAGAUCAGGAAAACAUAACUUGGGCUUCUGCCUGCAACUCUUACCUCUGUUUGUCUGCUUUGUAGUAGCACUGCUAAAUGCAAUUUGUGUUUGUACUUUGUAUUGGAGGAAUGAAAAGAAAUGGCUUCCAUAUCUUUGUA